UCCCAAAUAUCGUAACACUGGUCACACUGAUUAUUUUCAUAUCAUAGGCGUUAUUUCGAACAGUUUGUUGGUGUUAUUGUGAAAUACAUGUAAUAAAGUGGUGAAAAAUGUUACCUUUAUCAUUGUUGAGAACAGCACAAAAUCAUCCUAUGCUAGUUGAAUUAAAAAAUGGUGAAACAUAUAAUGGACACUUAGUGAGCUGUGAUAGUUGGAUGAAUAUAAAUCUCAGAGAGGUUAUAUGCACAUCUAGGGAUGGAGAAUUUUGGAGAAUGCCAGAAUGUUAUAUUCGGGGUAGCACAAUCAAAUACCUACGCAUUCCUGAUGAAGUUAUAGAUAUGGUGAAGGAAGAUGUACAGAUGAAAUCCAGAGGACGCGGAGAAAUGAAAGGCAGAGGGCAAAACCAAAGAGGUCGGGGUACUGGAAGAGGUGCCUUUGGUCGUGGUGGAAGGGGUUCUGCAUCUCUUGGUCGUGGCGGAAAUCAAGGGAAUAAAUCACAGAAUAAAACAAGGACUAAAUAAAUUGAAAUUCCGUUGUAAAUUAAGUUUAAUAUAGUCCUAUGAAUUUUA